AUGGAGUCCUCCAGUGACAAUGCUGAAGAGUGCAACAGUAACGAAUCUGGGUGGACGAUGUACCUGGGCUCCCCAGUGAAUAGUGAUGAUCUCAAAGCCAAUGGCAGCAAAGGGAGUAAUGUUGGCAGUGGCUGUAGCAAUGGUAAAAGCAAAAACGACGACAUGGAUUCUGAUGAUGGAGAUUAUGAUUCGUUAGCUUCCGAUGCUUCCACAGGACCAGCUCAAGUGAAGGUGCUUAAUGGCAAAGAAAAGAAAAUUCAUGAGAAAAGAGACAAUUCCGUACAUGAACACGAUAGCGGUGAGCAAGAUGAGAUACGUACCAAGCUCCCUAACAGCUGUGACAAAAAAGCAGGCAAGAUGAAAAAAGGAGAAGAGAAGACCACUAGAAGGGGCCACAACAAGAGACGUAGUUCUUGUUCUUCGCGAACAAGCUUCGUUAGAAUCCUUGAACAUAUUACAUACACAAUUCAAGAAAAAAGAAAUCUUCAUACAGCAAAGUUACCCAGAAAGGAUUGUCAUAGUAUCUGA